AUGCCAUUCUGCAACUCUUGCAAGAGCAUUACACUUCGCUCGGUGACUGAAAGGAACGGACACCUGCUUCAUAAUGAGUGGCUCGCUCUUGAAAAUGCAGCUGCAACAUGCAAGCUCUGUCGUCUCUUCCUGGAUUACCUUCGUCCAGAAGCCGAAAGGGCUCUUCUUGAGAGACUCAGCUAUCCCCCGGUGGCUUAUCAUCACUUCCUCAAGUUCCCAAUAGUGGUUCGUUAUCUUGAUGGGGGCAUGCGUCUACCUGAACAGCGACAUGAACUGCGUGAAGCUCCAGGCCAGACCACCCACCUGCAUGUCACCUGCGCGGAAUUUGGUUUUCAGAGGGCAACAACAGAUGAGCAUUCGCACGGGCAACGAUCUCUCCAUGGCUUGCAAUCCAACCCAAUCAGCGAUUUCUUGGAAGGCUUUCGAGUCGACAUUAGUGUGCCUAUAUAUACCUACCAUAAUGAUCCUUUAGGCCGUUCGGGCAUACAAAUUCGUGAGCCAUUGUCUCCAAGUUCGAUUGACUCUUCUGUCGUCACGAAAAUCAAGAAGUGGAGGACGCAUUGUUUGACUACACAUCCCGAAUGUUGUCCACUUGAUCCGGAGUUGAGAAUUUACCCAACGAGGCUACUUGACCUUCGGAAAGUCAGCACUACGGGAACGGCACGAAUCGUCCGAACCACACAGUCGUUUGGGCAUGAGUACGUCGCUUUGAGCUAUUGCUGGGGCGGCAAGCACGCUUGGUGGAUAAACUAUGUCAAAGAAUGCCAACGCAACCCUGAAAUGGAAGUCAAAGUAGACAAGAUGCCGCAGACAUUGCAAGACACGAUAGCGAGCUGCAUUGCCUUAGGCUUUGCAUACUUGUGGAUUGACUGUCUUUGCAUCCUGCAAGGUAACAAGCAGGACUGGCUUGCCGAAGGCUCCAAAAUGUGUGAUAUCUACGGCAACGCCGCCUUGACAAUUGCUGCCAGCGACUCCAAAGAUUGUCGUGUUGGCUUUCUCGUCCCGCGGUCGGGGCUAGAGCGCGAAGGCGUAGUCAUCCCCUUUGCCGAUGACUCUGGGAGGGCGGGAAUGCUGCAUCUUUGCAUUCCAGGAACCCCUUUCGAUGAGAUAGUUGGACGCGGGCCAGUGGCUCGACGAGCGUGGUGUCUUCAGGAGCGGCAGAUAUCAAGGCAGGUUUUGCACCUCUGUCAGAGAGAAGUCUUCUUUGAGUGUGUGAGGUGCCUUCGCCACGAAAGUGAGAGGGUGCCUGACCAAGAGUUUGAUCCUAAUGAUGAGUUUUGGCGGUUUCACGUGUCGCUUGAACGGCAAGGACCACAGGCGUUCCCCCGGAAACCUUCGCCAGAUGUAUAUAACGUCUUGUCAUGGUGCGGAAUAGUCGAGGACUACACACGAAGAGAUCUUGCAUUUCCAGAAGACAAACUUGUCGCCAUUGCUGGGCUGGCCAGGCGGGCGCAACGGAUUCUGGGCGGAGACUAUCUUGCUGGGUUGUGGAAGAACCGAAUCCACAUUGGGCUGGCGUGGCAAAUCCCAAAGGAGAUGGUCGCAACAAGGGCUCCGAUCUAUCGUGCCCCGUCCUGGUCAUGGGCGAGCAUAGACGGGCCUGUCAGCUACGACCGCAGCGACGGCUUCGUCCAAAGCGACGAUGGCUUCCUCGAGUCCGCUAUUACUGUGCUAGACGCAAGGGUGUCCCUGGCCGGACCGGACCCUUUCGGGCCAGUUCAGUAUGCAGACGUGGUCGUUUCUGGCCAGCUGAAACAGAUAACGCCGGGACAGCUUCUGCACAACGAUAUACUGAAGUAUCCGGAUUGGAUGAGCGGUGCUGCUGCGCAAAUCGGAUGGUAUCUUGAGGACGAGAAAGGAACCGUGCACGUGGAGAUGAUCACUUGUCUCAAGAUCGCUGUGAAACCCUUCGGGCCUGGACCAAGUCUGCCUCCAACUAACUCUAUGCUCAUUCUGAAGAGUGUUGAUGCUGACAACGGAAAUGACCCUCCGCGGUACAGGAGGAUCGGAUUUGGGCAGGUCUUUGUCACGGACUACUUUGCUGAUUGCUUACCGACCACCAUAACCCUAGUUUGA